AGUUACUUCGCUUUCGAAAGUUUCACAUCCGCAAGAGAGCGGCAAGGCAAGGCGAGGUGAAGUAGGCAAAGAAGUCUCGCGCGCGAACUCGGUACGCUGCAGGCGAUGACCGCAUUCAUAUGAGUUUUUAUUAUAUUGUGUGUGUGCUGUCGUGUUCUCCGAACCGUUAAGUGUUUACGAAAAUGCUGUAUAGGUGAACUUUUAGGAUACAAGUGUUGUGAUUGUGAUAAUAUUCCUUUAAACUUCUUCUAUCUAUUACUGUCUCUUGAAGGUUGUAAAAAUGCCUUGCUCAGCGGUAACUUUGUCUAUAGCGACCAUUACAGCAAUCGUGGCUGCUGCUUUAAUGGCCAUAGCCUUUUCGACAGAUAACUGGCUUUAUAUUGAAGUUAAGCGGACACACAUACAGAACUAUGCAGCGGAAAAUUCGGGUAACUCACAGAUGAUCCUGGAUAGUCUCAACAACAAAUAUUAUUUCUACACGAGGACGCGGGGUCUAUUCCGCAUCUGCUACCCCAAGGAAAGACCACCUUCAGUUGAGAUCUACCUAUCGCCCGUGGAGACACACUGCAGCAAUGUGGACUACUUCAUCCCUGACGAGAACAACGAGACGAAAGGCCUGUCGGACGACGCGAUGAACAGGCUGCAUAUGGCGCGCUCAACGGUAGCUCUGUUCAUCGUGGCGUUCCUAGCAUUGUUCAUUGCCUUCUGGACCGGCGUGGUCGGCUGCUGGAAGCGCAGCCCUGGCAACAUCACCGCCACAGCUAUACUAAUGCUUGUCACAUGCUUACUAGCAGCGGGUGCGAUGGCAUUAUGGCAUGGAGUGGAGUUCUACGAGAAGGAGAAGGUUGUUGGAGAGGAGUACUACCAACAGUGGCCUAACGUGUUAAAAGACAACUCGUCAAUCUGGUACGAUUGGUCGUACAUCCUGGCCUGGCUGUCUGUCGGCGUUUCCUUCGGAAGCUCCAUUUUAUUCUUCUCUGCCGCCAUUUGCCUGAGCAAGGAAAAAAGGCGGGAACAGCAGAAUAACGUGCAGUACAUAAUGCCAGUGUACCCCCAAAAGCAGCAGUACGCCUACGCGGGCUACCCGCCGCCCCAGGCGUACCCGGGCCCCUACUACCACGGGUCGCAGUACGGCCCCUACAACUACUGAGCAUGUGACCAGAUGAGGGACCUCGUGGCGGCACACUUCGCCAACGCCCCCGCCCCGCAGGCACCCGCGCGCAACCCCUCCCCGCCCCACCACCCGCCAGCCUCCCUGCCCUCCUCCCUCGAGACGUACAACUCGCACCGCAAGAUCAAGCGACCCAAGCUGGGCGAGCGCAAGGUGUACCGGCCCGUGCGGCGCCACACGCUGUCGCGCAUCGACGAGACGCCGCCCGCCACGCUGCGGCCGCGCUCCAAGAGCCUGCAGCACUCCACCGACUUCUCGUCGACGCGGCCCAUCCUGCGCUCGCGCUCCAACAUCUCGGCCGACACCAGUCGCAGCGUGCCCGUCUGCAACCAGAGCCAGGACGUCGAGAACCAGGUGGAGAGCGGCAGCCCGCAAUACGCCGAGCCUAAAGGCUCCGACUCCUCGUCGUACGACCGGCCCGCCUCCAUGAUGGACCUGCCCAUCAUGGUGCCGCUGGACCCCGCCACGGGCGCGUACAUCCCCUACCCGGAGUACACGUACUACCACGACGACGGCUGUCAGCUGGCUCGCUACCGGCAGUACAACAAGAAAUCAAAGAAGUCCUCUAAACAUAGCAAUUUGUAUUUAGCGUUCAUGUAUUGAACUCGCGCGGGUGUAGGCGUAACACGAUACAUAUUGGAAGCAAUGGUAACGAGUUUCGAAUAUUGCCGUACAGUGUAUGACGCCACAGCCCAUGAAUUUCAUUGUGAAAAGUUUACGUCCUUGUCUCCUAAACAUUCAUACACUGUUUUUUUUUUUAUUUAUAAAUGGGUGGCCCGAAUCUGGUUGAGAGAAUAUCCUUCAGACUAUUGGCACUUUAUUUACUGCGCCGUGACGCGAGGCCUCGAUCGAGCAGUACUGGUUAGUUAGUGAGACGACAUCGACCUCGCGCCGCGGCACUGCGCACGGCUGUACGAAACUCUGACGCCACAGAACCUUAACGUUUCACGCGACAACUUACGAACAAUCUCUGCUACGAAUUUUAGUUAAUGAUAGAAUUGUAACAACGUAUCGGGAGAGACGCUGUAAUUAGGAGUAAGUUAGUAAUGACUCCGCCAUAAUAUACAGAAAUGAAACAAAUUCUUGUAGUACCUAAGUUAAAAUCUAAGAAUGUUAAGAUUUUGGAUUCAUAAAUAAAUAAUUAAAUAUAGUUUUUAUAAAAUUCGACUUAUUUACUCUGAACAAAUGAAUAUAUCCAAACGUAUUGUGCCUUUAUCGUAUAAAUAUUGCUCAUUCGUACUGUUUAAACAUAUCUUAAUCUAAUGUAGCGUAGUGUAGUGCUAGAUGAAGGUAUUUUUGUACACAACUCGUAUAAUGCAAGGCCUAGCUCUGGAUAGUCACAAGAAAUAUGGUAUAUUUUGUCUUUGAUAUAUCUCAAUUUCUGUGUGUAGACUGUAGAUCAAUUUAUUAGUUAUUUUUGUAUGUUUUUGAUUGUCAAAUCGAUGAAAACCGUCCUUUUUGUAUGGAUAUACGCUAGCAUAAUGGUUUUUCUAUGGAUUAUUUGUAUUUAAUUUCCUUAGUCGAAAUCGUGAAGGUAUGAUUCAUACCGUCUAGUUAGCUCAGAAAUAUUUGUACAUUAAUCAGUUUAGGAUAUUCAUUACAAUAAAUGGUAGAUUAUAUUUAAUUGUAUUUAAAACUUCCUUAAUAAAUAAUUUGAAAAAA